AUGGACGAUCCCCCACCCUCGGGCACGUUUGGGUCCCCGGACCUGGAGCACAAUGACAGCGGACGCUUCUUGAUGAACGAGACUGUUCGGAAUUUCUCAUGGCAAGGUUUAACGGUUACCGUCAAGGAUCGUGAAACAAAGCAGCCCCGAGACCUGAUCAAUGAUAUUAGCGGUGAUGUGCAACAUGGGGAGCUCGUUGCCCUAAUGGGCCCAUCGGGAUGUGGCAAGACAACACUCCUCAACGUUCUUGCUCGACGUGCUGCGUCGUCUGGUGCGAGAGUUCUCGGGGAGAACUACGUGAAUGGCACACAAAUGGACUCCCGGGAUUUCCAGCGGGUGACCUCGUACGUCGAGCAGGAAGAUGUGUUGAUAGGGUCGUUGACGGUUCAGGAGACGUUGAAGUUCGCGGCGGACCUCUCGUUGCCCAGUUCUGUAUCGAAAGUUCAGCGCAUGGAUCGGAUCCGGACACUUUUGGAAGCAUUUGGUAUCCAGAACCAGGCAAACACGUUAGUUGGCACCCCUAUUCGGAAGGGUAUUAGCGGUGGCCAGAAGCGACGUGUGAGUGUGGCUAGCCAGCUCAUCACUAAUCCAAGGAUUUUGUUUUUGGAUGAGCCCACAAGCGGUCUGGAUUCAACUGCUAGUUUUGAGGUCAUAUCAUAUGCACGAGAGCUUGCUCGGGCCAACAACCUUCUCAUAAUUGCGAGUAUCCACCAACCGUCAUCCAAGACGUUCCAGCUCUUUGAUAAGCUGUUGCUUCUCUCGGCAGGGAAAACAUGCUAUUUUGGCGCAGUCUCGGGUGUGGAGAAUUACUUCAGUGGGAUUGGCUAUCCAAUUCCCGCGCAUACAAACCCUGCUGAAUUUAUCUUGGAUACUGUCAGUUCUGAUUUUGACAGCUCGAAAGACAUAGAGCAGCAAGUCGAGGUCAUUCAGAUUGCCUGGGCAACCUCUAAUGAGGCAAAAUCUUUAUCAAGACAAGUAUCUGAGCGAGCACGCUCGGUGGAGAAAUUUGUCGAGAAAGACUCGGUGGAAGAAACGGCUCGAGCGGGAGCAGUUUCUAUUACUAUAGCUCUGCUGCAUCGCUCAUUUGUCAAGUCUUACCGCGAUGUGAUUGCUUAUGGAAUCCGGAUCGCGAUGUACCUUGGAUUGGCUAUCAUGAUGGGGACAGUGUGGCUACGUCUUCAUCCAACCCAGGAUUUUAUACAGCCGCUUAUCAAUGCCGUUUUCUUUGGCUCCGCUUUCAUGUCUUUCAUGGCGGUAGCAUAUGUCCCCGCGUUCCUUGAGGACCGGGCAACGUUCGCCAAAGAGCGAGCGAAUGGACUAUAUGGUGUGACACCAUUCAUGGUCUCAAACUUUCUCAUUGGACUUCCCUACCUGUUUUUGAUAUCUCUCCUCUUCUCGAUCGUCUCCUACUGGCUCUCCAAUUUCCAGCCAACAGCAGAAGCCUUCUUCACCUGGGUGAUGUGGAUAUUCCUCGACCUUGUGGCGGCCGAAUCACUUGUGGUCCUCGUGACAUCAAUAUUCCCAAACUUUGUAAUCUCCUUGGCACUUGUCGCAUUCGCAAAUGGGCUUUGGAUGAGUGUUGGAGGGUUUAUGGUCACGCAAAAGAUCCUCAAUCCGUUCUGGAAAUAUGUGUUCCACUACAUCGAUUACCAGGCUUAUGUCUUCCAGGGUAUGAUGGUCAAUGAGUUCUCGAAUCGGAAUUAUUCGUGUGGUGCCGGUUGCCGGUGCAUGUGGUCCACUGACUUGGAAGACCAGUGUCUCAUUCGGGGUACUGGGGUGCUAGAAUCGUAUGGGUACUCCACCGGUCAGACGGGAAAGUGGGUUGGAAUCCUUCUGGGCAUCAUUGCGGGAUAUCGACUCCUUGGGUGGAUUGCUCUCUAUCUGCGCAAGAAUUAA